UUCAGCGCAUGACAAAUUUCUUCAACUAAAAUAAAUCAGAGUGUAUAUGUGAUUUGAUAUGGUGAAUAGCGUAAUCAAAAAAAGAUGUUUGAGAAAAUAAAGAAAAAAUUAUCUUUCAAAAUAUUAAAAUGGGAUCCAAAAAAUAUUCACGAUUCAAUUGUGCCAAUAUUGAUAUUAAAUUGGAUUACAGGAUUGAAUAUAUUUGAAUAUCCAUUAUCAAAGCCUCGACCAGCUUUCACUUUUAUUUAUGUAUUGUUGCUAAAUUUUUCAUAUUGGUUCUUUGGUUUUUCUGCCAGGCAUGUGACAAGUCAGGGUGAAACUCAAAUUGGCAAAAAUGUUUAUGUGUUAAUUGUUUACGUUAAUGUAUUCAUUGGAACCUCUUCAAUUUUAAUUGGAUGGUAUCAUUACAAGGCAUUCAAGGCUAAUAUUCAAAGAUUAGAAUCAUUGGACGAAGCUUUAGAAUAUUUGGGCCUUCCAAAUAAGUAUCGGGAAAUUUUUAUAAAUGCAGUGAGAAAAGUGAUUAUAUGGGUUAUUGUAAUAAUCAUUCUGAUUUAUUAUGAUUUAAAUCUUUUUUUAUCAAAGUACGAUUUACAUACAAGUCUCAAUCUUAUAUACUUGUUUCAUUUUCCACUUCAUCUGAAUUCUGUUGUUGACUUUACCUUCAGUUCUCUCGUAACCUGCUUAGGAAGAAGAUUUGCAAAUAUUAAUUCACUUUUAAAAAGAACAUUACCAAUUUACGAUGAAAUAGAAUCGGUGAGAGAGGUGUUUCCAAAAUAUAGUAAAGUACACGUUCUAAUGGCUUCAAAAGAAUUUAACAUUAAUUUUAACGACAACUCAAAACAAUUGAAGGUAUUGGUGUUAGUCAGAUAUCUCCAUAUGGAGUUAUCAAAAAUAUCCUGGGAACUCAAUAGAAUUUAUGGAAAGCAAAUGAUGAUGAAAAUGGGAGCACAUUUUAUUAUCAUAACAGGUCUUUCGUACAAUCUAUUUACAUACCUUUUUUUUGUCAAUGAAUCAUUAAACGAUAAAAAUGGAAGCGUGGUCAGUACCACAAUAUGGUUUGCCGUGUAUUGUUUUCGAUUUCUUCAAAUUAAUUCCACCUGUGCCAAAGUCACUACCGAGGCGCGCAAAACAAGAAGUAUUCUCUUUGAACUAAAGAAUUCAAACAGAGAUAAAGCUAUAAUUGAAGAGAUUGAAGAAUUUUCUUUACAAUUGACACAACGUCCUUUGGCAUUUUCCACUGGUUUAAAUACUCUCGAUUAUGCAUUUGUGCGAACUUUCAUAGGUUCUGUAACAACUUACCUGGUUUUACUGAUCCAAUUCAGUCCCGAAAUACGAAAAUGCGAGAGAAUACGAUAAAAUGUUAAAAAUUAAAAUCUCUUAAAGAGAUUUAGACUUUAAAGUGUCUUUUAAACAUCAAGAAAAGGGAACUUUUGUAUUCUAUUAUUUGCCACAAGUUUUUUGCAAACUUAGUGAAAAAAUGUUGUGCUUUCUGAGAUUGCACCUAAAGAUUUAUUUCUAAAUGUAUUUUUUCUUUUUCAGCACUAGGAAAUUAAAAAAUGUUGAUGUCACUUCUGCCCUACAACGGAAGAACACACAUAAGCCGCAUUGUCGCUUUGGUCGAGUUCUGUAUAUAAACACUGCGGAAGAGCGACUGAAGCGACAAUGUGGCUUAUGUGUUUUCUUUCGUUGUAGGGCAGACUUAAGAUCUCAAAUUGUUAUAAUUAAUAUUCCAUAAUUUGUGAAAUUAAAUUUUUGGAAGAUUGUUAUUUAAUGUUAUAAAGAAUGGGUAUUGGGAUGUUUUCAAAAAAUUUCGAAAAUUGAUUUUGUACCUAUAUAAAAUAUUUUAAAUUGCAAAAAAAUGUUUUUCAACUUAAUACGAAAAAGGCUUUAUAAUUUUGAGAUUUAGAAAAAUGUUUUAACAAUCAAUAAAAUUGUAGUAGAGUUAAAAUGUAUUUGAGGAGAAAAAAAAACCAUCCAUACGUACAGGGCUUCUCAAAAUUAUAAAAUAUUUGUAUGAAAUCUGCCGUACAAUGUAAAAACUUAGGUA